AUGACUCUACGCGUUCGGUACGUUUAUCAAUCACUCCGAACCAUGAGUACUGUGGCGAGUCAGCCUUCUCGGUUUCUCACGAAACCAUCGUCGCGCAUGUACGAGGAGCUGCAUCGCGGCACGGAUGUGUGGACGAUAUUCAACCCCGCGAAUUUUCCUGGUGCCGUGAAUCUGGGCCAGGGCUUUAUGAACUGGAAGCCGCCUUCGCAGGUGCUGGAACAGAUGCAAAAAGAGAUGGUGACUCGAACAGAGCUGCACCACUAUUCGCCGGCGCGUGGUCGGCCGCGCCUCUUGCAAGCUCUGAGUGAUACGUACUCGCGCAGCUUUCACAAGCCCCCGACAGGCGACAGCGUAACACAGGGUCUCGUGGAGUACGAUGCCCAGGGCUUGCCCGUGCAGCGUCCUGUGAGUGAUGUGAGUUUGGAUGCAUCGAGCGAGAUUGUCGUCACGGCCGGUGCAAAUGAGGCCAUGUUCUCCGUGACAACGGCGUUUCUGGAAGAGGGUGACGAGGUGAUUCUAUUCGAGCCAUUCUUCGAUCAAUACGUGUGUGAGACGAGUUUCAAUGGUGGCGUACCUGUCUAUGUCCAGAUGGUGCCGCCGCCGCCAGGGAAGCGCGUCGUCUCUGGCAACGACUGGAAGUUCGAUUGGGCCAAGCUGGAGGAGAAGCUCUCGAGUCCCAAGGCCAAAGCGCUCUUCCUCAACACGCCUCACAACCCGAUUGGCAAAGUGUGCACGCUCGAGGAGCUCCGGCGCCUGGCACAAUUAUGCAUCAAAUACGACAUCCUCGUCAUUUCCGACGAAGUAUAUGACUGCCUCACGUACGACGGCCACGAGCAUAUCCGCAUAGCCUCGAUAUCUGGCAUGUGGGAGCGGACCGUGACCAUUGGCAGUGCAGGCAAAUCGUUCUCGUGCACGGGAUGGCGCGUUGGCUGGGCAAUGGGACCUGCCCACCUCAUUACUCCGACGCUUGCGGCGCACGUCCGCAUCACAUUCUGUGUGAACUCGCUAGCAACAGAAGGCACCGCUAUGGCCUUUGAGGCUGCGAGUACGAACGGCUUUUUCGAACAGCAGCGCAACGAGUACCAAGCCCGCCGGAAGGAGCUCACCGAUGUGCUUGACCAUCUCGGACUGACGUACACGAUGCCACAUGGCAGCUACUUUGUUCUGGUGGAUGCAUCCAAUAUACGCAUUCCCGACGACUUCGACCUGCCUGAGCAAGUCCGACGUAAACCACGAGAUUACCACGUCUGUUGGUUCGUGGGAAAGGUAUGUGAUGUGGUAGCGAUUCCCGUCACAGCAUUUUGCUCGGAAGAAGGGAUCGCGAUGGGCGAGCGAUUCAUCCGCUUUGCCUUUUGUAAAGACGGCCAAAUGACGGAGGCAGGACGCCGCCUCCAAACAGUACGUGCCCCAAGGAGGCUGACCCCAGCUUCGCGACUAUAUGUAAUUCGCGGCCUUUGCUUACGUGUAGCGCCACAGCUGUGCAAUCCCUGGACAGAAAUUUUGCCCCACAUUUAUAGAGCCAUGUCACUCUUCCGCGCACACGAACUCACACCAACCCAUGUCAGAUGCUUGGCAUGA